CGCUCGUCUCGUCGAGAGCAGCUCUCCUCUUCGAGAGGAGGGAGCAGCGAAGCCCAGGGCGGGCCCUUUCAGGUUGCCCUUGUCAACAUUUGGCUUGGCAUUGCUCAUCUGUUUUCCGUCACGUUGGCCAAGGAGGAAGAGGAUGGCCCUCUCUGCCCUGGUCCUGGUUUGCCACCCGCCACCGGGAUGUGACCGUUGGGGUAGCAGCACAUCUGUUUAAUGAUUGACAGGCAGGAGAAAUGCAGAAGGCCAGCCAGAGGAUCCUGGCGCCUGGACGGCAGGUAGACACGGAGUUCCUCUCCAGGGGGGAUCGCAGGGCUGCCUGAAGUCGAGGCGUUGGCGGGGCCUCGGGGGAACCUGGCCUCCCAGGGAACCUGAACAGGAUCCCCCAGAGAGGGCUGGCAAAGGGAUUCUGGCGUCCUCCAAGCCGGAGGGAGCGAACCGGCGGCAUUUCGGGUUUCCUCCAGCUCUCGGCCUUCUCGAGGGGAGCUUUGGGGCACCCUCUGCCACGGAGCCAUCGGGCUGAAACCAGCCUCUGGGCAUGCAGGAGGCAGCUGUGAACUUGGAUCCCUCCAGGGACAAGCAGAGGCGCCGCAGGUGGUCUGGGGAGCUGAAGAUGCCAGCAAGCGCCGUUUGCGACCUUUGCACGGUGACCGUGGAGAAACAGAUCAGGGAGGAGGCGGCGUGGCGCCUGCAGAAGACCCUUCAGGACUGCGUCUUCCGCUUCCAGGACUGGCUCUGGGCUGCCGAGAGGAUGGUGGCCUCCCCCAGGUCCUCACAGGUCUCCUACGCCGACUCCAAAAAAGAGCUGCAAAGGUUCCGGACUCUGCAAAAAGAGAUCUCUGAGAAGGUCUGGCCUUUGGCGUCCUUGAACAGGCAAUACCACCAGCUGGUGGGGAAGGGCAGCGUCAGUCCACACCUGCGGUCCUCCCUGCAGCACAUGAACGAGCGCUGGGAGGAAUUGCAAACUCGAGCCGCUGCUAUUUCCAGAAGACUGCAGCAUUUUGUCAACCAAUGGGAGGAGUUUGGACAGGAGAAGGAGACCAUCCAGGUGCGGCUGAUGGAACUGGACCUGCGGCUCACCGACGUUGAGCACUUCUCGGGAGGGACGUUGCUUGAGAAAAUGAUACAGCUGCAGGCGUUCCAGCAAGAUGUCCAGGCCAACGCGGAGCACGUGGAUCAUCUCCUGGUAUGUGCAGAGAGUUUGAUCCAGAAGAGCCAGCCGGAGGAUGCUGAGAUCUUGGAGGAAGACCUGAAGGAGCUGAUUGGUUUCCGCCAAGCCGUCUUCUCGAGGGUUUUCCAGUUUCAGCGGCGGCUGGUCAGCAUGAGGCUGGUCUUUGAGGACGAGUGGGAGUCGGACCGAGACAGUGACGCGGAGUCUGACUGCUUCACGGAAGGGUCCCUGCAGUGCCGCGCGGGGGACGCUGAACCCGCCGCCCCAGUGCCCGAGGCUCCCCGGUGCCAUUCCACCCCGCAAGCAGCCCUGCGUUGCAAACAGCGGGCUCCCAGCGGCGACCCCUUGGCUGCAGAUCUGGAAUGGGAUCCUUCGGUGGACGUGGGGGGAUCCACGUCGCAUGACGAAGAUUCGUCAUACUGCAGUGCCGUCGCGGGCUUUGGCCAGGUAGACAAUCUUCGCCGAAGGUGUUGGUCUUCGCGCUGGAGCUGUGGCAAACCAGAAGAAUUCUCUUUGGUGCUGGAUGGGGUGGUGCUGCCCCAGACAGACCCAGUGCAGAGCAGUUUCCAGGAGGAAUGGGAACAGUGCAAUUGCUUGGGGGCCGACCAGAUGAAAACAGAUAUUUCUGGAAACUUCCCUCCCCAGGAGCAAAGAGCCACUCAGCUGCCAAGGAAAGGGGUCUGCUGCCAACACAUCGAAGCCACAGGAUUUGAUCCCAAACGGAUCGAGACCUGGCUGGACCAGAACUGCCAGAGCAAGAUGGGGGUGCACCCAGAGAUCAAAAAGGGCGUCGGAACCGGCGUGGAUGUGCUCCCACCGGCCAGGGAGCCGCAGCUCCCUCUGCAAAUUCAGACGAGGGGGGAACAGACGAGGAGGCAGAAGCUCCAGCGUUGGGCCAAGAAGAAAGGCAGACAGAGCCUCGUCACCAGCCAGUCUUCGCUGGAGAAGGAUCGAUGGAUCUCCAAGAAGACAUUGCUACAUUCCCAGUCAGCAGAAAUUAUGGUUACUGUUGAGAAAGAAUGUGAUUUGCUGCUGCCCUCAGUGGUUUCUGUCCCGCCCCAGAAGCUCUGCAGAACAUCUGUCCUCUGGUUGCUUCUGACUGCCACUUUUGCAGUCCUGGUGGUGUUGCUGGCCAAGUCCUCUUUCCUCCCCAUCUCUGAGCCCCCCUGUCUGCAGACAAAUGGCUUUGCCAAAUCCUUCCACCUCAUGCUGAAAUAUGAGGGCCCACCCCCCACUUAGAAAGGGUUCUAGGAUGGGGACACCGUCAUGAACAAAGCUUCUGCAGAGCAAAGGAGUCGCACCAGCUCCUUCUGGACCUCAAGAACUCGCUUGUCCUGGACCUAAGUCAGUCUGAAGGGCCAUCUUGGAGCAGUCCUCUUGCAAAGAUUGGGCUCACCUUUUUAAAAAAAAGUCAUCAGCGCAAACAGCCAGGAUAUCAUCCUGUGGCCACGAGCUGCUUGGGUCACACCGACCGACGUUCGGAAGAGAGGAGCUUGUGAUGAAGCUCCACCAACCUGCUCUGCAUCUGGCACGUUCCUCAGGGGACCAAACGUGACUUGGGUUGUAUACAACCUUGGGAAAUUUGCAGCUUUGGAAGGUGGGUGUUUUUGUACAAGGGCUACCUAUUUCACACCUUUGGCAUCAGCCAUUUUUUUUAAUAAAGAAGAGAAAAAGGAGGCCGGAUCGCGUGGUUGGUUGUGGCAGGAAGAGGGACCUGAUCCCAGAGUUAGCACCAGUGUCGCACUUUGAUCCUCAAAAAAAAAAA